GUCCGGGUUUGGAGACUCCUGCGUCCUCCGACUUUUCAUGGAAGAGAUGUCAGGAGAAAGUGUGGUGAGCUCAGCGGUGCCAGCGGUGCCAGCGGCUGCUACCCGCACCACUUCCUUCAAGGGCACGAGCCCCAGCUCCAAAUACGUAAAGCUGAAUGUGGGUGGAGCCCUCUACUAUUCCACCAUGCAGACGCCGACAAAGCAGGACACCAUGCUGAAAGCCAUGUUCAGCGGGCGCAUGGAAGUGCUCACCGACAGUGAAGGCUGGAUCCUCAUUGACCGCUGUGGGAAGCACUUUGGUACGAUACUCAACUACCUUCGAGACGGGGUGGUGCCUUUACCUGAGAGCCGCCGGGAGAUCGAGGAGCUGCUAGCAGAAGCCAAGUACUACCUAGUCCAAGGCCUGGUGGAAGAGUGCCAGGCGGCCCAACAAAACAAAGAUACUCAUGAGCCUUUCUGCAAGGUCCCCGUGAUCACCUCAUCCAAGGAAGAACAAAAACUUACAGCGACUUCAAAUAAGCCAGCCGUGAAGUUGCUCUACAACAGAAGUAACAACAAAUACUCAUAUACCAGCAAUUCUGACGACAAUAUGUUGAAAAACAUUGAAUUGUUUGAUAAGCUGUCUCUGCGCUUUAACGGAAGGGUCCUGUUCAUAAAGGAUUUCAUUGGGGAUGAAAUCUGCUGCUGGUCCUUUUAUGGUCAGGGCCGGAAGAUUGCUGAAGUCUGUUGUACCUCCGUCAUCUAUGCCACUGAGAAGAAACAGACCAAGGUGGAGUUUCCCGAAGCCCGGAUUUAUGAGGAGACCCUGAACAUUUUGCUGUAUGAGGCCCAGGAUGGCCGGGGACCUGACAAUGCGCUCCUGGAGGCCACAGGCGGGGCAGCAGGGCGCUCCCACCACCUGGAGGAGGACGAGGAGCGGGAGCGGGAGCGGAUCGAGCGCGUGCGGAGGAUCCACAUCAAGCGCCCCGAUGACUGGGCCCACCUCCACCAGUGAGCAGGCAAGAGACCGAGCCGCCCUCCUCUCACCGCCCCCACUCCCUGCCGUGCUACACCCAGAUCCUGUGCAGGCUGCCGGGCCCCUUCUGCUUCCCUUGGAGCCUGGAGAUACUUUUGUAACAAGCCAGAUGAUUAUUUUGGUACUGUUUGACAAGGCAAAUUGAUUGUCUUGACCCAGGCGUAUGACCCCUGUCGUUGAGCAAGCUGUGUCUAAGAUCUCUACUUUUCAUGAGAAUCUGAGACUCUUUGGAGCCAGGCUUUCUCGGUUCUCAGAGGAAAAGUAUGAAUGAGUGUGAAGUGUAUGUGAGAACUUUUGUUUGCAAUAUUUAUUUUUGUGGGUUUCGACUUCCUAUAUGGGCUUUUUGGGUGACACUCCCUUAAGGGUUCAGUUUGACAAUUCUGAGAGUUGUUCUGCAGUUGGAGGCCACCAGAGGUAUCUGAGCUCCCUGCUUCCUAUUUCAUAAUCCUCCAGCCCCAGCAGGUCCACUCCUGGUUCCUGUGUGUUUGGCCCGGGCACAAUCCCCACUGCUUUGCUAGAUGUGCUUUCUACCAUGUGGCUUUGGGCCUAGAGCUUGUUGAUAAUUGCAGCUUGUGGCAGUGGAAAUGUGGCUGAAUGAGCGUCUAAAUCGUUGGGACCAGUGCAACUUUGGGUGCAAGGCUUUGUUUAGGGAGCAAGCCUUUUGCCACCUUGGGCUGGUCUUUGGCCUGGUGCUCACUGGGACCCCACAUGUCUGCGUAGGAGCAGAACUUUCCAUGGCAGUAAGUGUCCAGCUCUGUUUCUGGUUCUUUCCCCAACUCCAGCCCCUUCCAGUUGUUCUCCUGAUUGACCCGACUCCACUCCAGGAAGGCCAUCUGACCCUGUGACAGGCAUGGCUCAUAAACUACCCCUCCCUGGGAUCCCGCUCCUCUUCAGCCUCCUUCCCCAUGAAGCUGGGCUAACUUUCUAAGUCAUUUUGCUUAGAAAUUCAGUGUGGCCCAUACCCUUUGUCCUCCCAGCCUGGCAUCCAGGCAGGGACACCCUCACACCACCAGCCCCAGGGAGCUUCCCUGCUAUAAACACAGACCCCCUUGUCUUUGCCUCUGAUUUUUACACAGUGUAGAGUGGCCAGCAGUGAACAGGUUGAGGAUGUGCGGAUAGAUAGAUAACUUUGGGUCUGGUUUGUCUGUGUUCAUGUUUGUUUAAGGGAUAUGUGUGACUGUGGGUGGGGACGUGCGCUUGUGGGGCACAGGUGGCCCCUGCUGGAGCCCAGCUGGGCGCAGCGCCUAUGUAGGACGGGUGUUCUUAGUGACCUAUCUCCCAGGCUCCUCUGUGCCUGCAAAGGAACAGGAGUGAGUCGUGACUGACAGGGGUGGUUGAGACUAGACUAGGUAGAGUAGUUACCAGAUGUGAAUGUGCGUCAGGUGAUGGAUGGGUUUGUCAAGGGAAUCGUUACCGUUUUAUACCAAAGGUAUUAACAUGGGCAGCCUUUGACACAUGUAUUCCAAAAACGAGUUUAUAUUUUCAAACGUUUUUUACAGCUUAGACUUUGUACUUACUGCCCUGCCUGUGACAGUUGUAUGCCUUCAUUUUGUAUCCAACAGCAGAGUCUACAAUAAAACUUUAAAACAAUCAUGACUGAAUGUCAAAAUCGUGUAUUGGGCAGAUGCUUUUUAAACUGUCGUGU